AUGUCCCCCCACCUCCUCAUGGGCUGCAGCCUCCUCGUGGCUCUCAGCCUCCUCAGCCUUCUUGUGGGUCUCAACCUCCUCGUGGCUCUCAGCCCCCUCAACAGUAUGAUGAAAACCACCAUUGCAGCGGUGGAUAUCAUGAUGGUCACUCCCACAACCAUGACCCUCGAGAGUACCAUGAAGAUUAUUGGCACCCCUCCCUCACCUAAUAUUAUGGGGGGGGGGUAUAACCACGGGUAUGGGAGACUGACAUAUGAUCUGUCAUUGAGGACAUUGCGCCAACAUACGGAGAUGUGGACAUCAGGUGGAGAGGAUCUGGAGAGGUAA